AUGUUGUAUGUUUCAGGCGGCAAAUCUUGGGAAUUGCAGAAGUUCAGGACUGAAGCGAUUCGCGGACAAGUCUAUCACCUCGAGCAGGCUGUGCUCAGUUCCAUCUCUGGCGGCCUUGUCAACAAAAGCGGAGAAGUGAUUCUUUCCGAUGCUUCUGGGACAUCUGUGAGAUGCGGUGUUCUUAUCGAGGGCGAUGUCGAGUCCUGCGCCGAUCAUCACGUCGACGAUUAUGGGAUGGUAGUCGUUCAGGGCCGCAAGCUAGGACGGGCUCUUCACCUUGAAGAUAUCAAUCAUGAGGAGGAGAGCAUACUCAUACAAAGCCUCCAGGAUUAUAUCACAAAGGAGCUCAUUCCCAUCAGCCGGAAAAUUGAAGAGGCUGAUAUGGAUCUCGACAAGAAACGCGACUUGGUUCGUCAAGCUCAUCAACAUUACGAAAACGCUCUACGCAGACUAGACCUCGUUCACGGCCUGUUCAAAAUUACAUCGAACGUCACGCAAGAGGGUUUGGACGAUUGUAUUCGAGGCGUGUGCAAGCUCAAUGAGACUCUGAUUCAGGCUUCUGAUACGACAAUGCCCCCUUCGAGGUGGCCUAGGGUUUCCCAAGCUCAGAAUUCUGAGGCUGCAGCAAUUCGCGGGCAGCGAGAUCGUUCCUAG